AUGGUUGUUGACUGCUCAGAACCUGGUAUACCGGAAUUCGGUUCCCAUACGGGGGAUAUAACCAACGGUAGCACAGUGACUUUCUUGUGUGAUAGCGGGUAUACAUUGGUUGGAUCGUCUAGCAUCUAUUGCAGCAGUGGUACAUGGACUGGAGACAUUCCUACUUGCCAUGCCGAUUGCGUUGUUCUCACACCACCCGGAAAUGGACAAAUGAUUGGAUCCAAUUUUGUCCACGGUAGUGUAGUGUCUUUUUCAUGUGAUGUCGAUUACACCAUGAUUGGUCCUUCCUCAGUCACGUGUGAAGACGGUAUAUGGAACAGCACCGCCCCCUCGUGCUAUGCCGAUUGUGUUGUUCUCACACCUCCCGCAAAUGGUCAAAUGAUUGGAUCCAAUUUUGUCCACGGUAGUGUAGUGACUUUUUCAUGCGAUGUCGAUUACACCAUGGUUGGUGUGCCUUCAGUCGCAUGUGAUGACGGUGUAUGGAAUGACAGCGUUCCCUCGUGUCAUGCGGAUUGCACUGAUCCAGGCACACCGCCCUCUAGCACUCGCAGUGGUGAAACAAAUCAUGGCAGCGCCCUCACAUACAAUUGUACACAAGGCUAUGCGAUGCUUGGCUCAGAUACCGUUAUCUGUAUGGAUGGAAGUUGGGACGACACAGCGCCCGCGUGCUAUGAUAUUACACCAGACUUGUACUGGGACAUGAGUGGUAAAUGCUCUCAGGAUGACUUAGAUCCAGAUGCCUCCUGUCCAGGCGACUCGUGUUCUACUAUAUACAACAACAUCGGCGGCUACACUGGCACCGUCACCGGAAUUCUCGAUCUAGUUCCUGCCCCAGCAGCAAGACUGGGGUCACACCUAUGCGUAGCUCACAUGGAGAGCAGCGAUUUCGUCAACUUUGGUGACUUCAGCGGAACAUGUUUCACCGAUCAAAGCUUUUGUCCGGAUGGCAUCACAAUCUCGACGUGGAUGUUCUACGAUCUCUCGUCGAAUCCGAGCUCCGUUAAUUUCAUCGUAUCGACGGGCGGGCAGACCACACAGGGCAGAGGAGUGACGUUGUACACCAACAAUGGAGCGUUGAUAUGGAUGAUCAAAUCGUACCAGACACCCACUACGUUGAAUAACUAUGCCUACCAAAUUGACGCUUUCCCCGAUGCCCAGUGGUUCCAUCUUGUGUGCGUGUUCCAUCCUACUGAUCUAGGAGCCAUGUAUUUCAACGGAGCAGUACAGUGGGUUGCUGCCACAUUCAAUACUAAAACAACGGGCGAUCAUUUGUACACAGAAAUAUUGAAGAAAGGUGGGAAUGCUGCUGAUGCUGCUGUUGCCGUGGCAGCAGCUUUGAAUGUUACAGAGCCUUGUAGUACCGGAAUCGGUGGUGAUUGCUUUUGUCUUUUUUAUGAUGCUAAGUCUAAGACAGUUCAUGGACUCAAUGGCAGCGGCCGAUCCCCAAGAGACAUGUCACUAGAAAUGUUGAAUACUAGAGGUUACAAUGCAGAUAAUCCGAUUCCAGUGCAAGGUGCACUAGCUGUGACAGUACCAGGGGCUGCGGCAGGGUGGCUUGAUACUAUUGAGAAGUUUGGGAGUAAAAAGGUAUCAAUACGAUUUAAUAAUGUACAAAUACCAACUUUAAGUUUGAAUAUUUCUAUUACAGAUGCAACUCGAGGUUCUCCGUAUAGUAGUAGCGACACAGUAUAUUUCAGUGUUGUCGACGGCAACGGUAAUGCCUGCUCCUUUAUAGUCAGCAACUAUAUGGGAUUUGGUACUGGAUUGGUUCCAUCUGGAUGUGGAUUUACAUUGCAGAACCGUGGUGCCAACUUUACCUUGCAACCCGAUCAUCCAAAUGUUGUUGCUCCAAAUAAGAGACCAUUUCACACUAUUAUUCCUGCUAUGGCCACUUCAGCCAAGACCGGAGAGUUAUUAGCCAACUUUGGUGUAAUGGGAGGAUUCAUGCAGCCACAAGGACAUGUACAGGUACUGCUAAACAUGGUAGAAUUUGGCAUGAAUCCACAAGAAGCACUUGACCAGCCACGUUUCUGUAUCGGACCUGGGCAUACUGGAAUCAGUUCAACCAUUUCACUGGAGCACGGGAUUGCCUCGAAAACAGUUCUCGAGUUAGUAAACAUGGGACAUUUAAUUGACGGCCCAAUAACUGGUUUAAACAGAUCAGUUUUCGGCAGAGGACAGAUCAUUACAAAAGGAGCCUGGUGGUCAGCUGGCAGGAAUCCAAGUGACCAAUUAUUUGUUUGUGAUGAUUGUAAAGUAUUAUGGGCUGGUUCUGAUCCAAGGGCUGAUGGGAUGGCAGCUGCUGUUCUUUAGAGUAAUGCUUUCUUGCAGACUUUAAAAAUAGCAAUUUGAAAUAGCAGUGGCG